GGCUCAAGUUGGAGGACUUCGCGUCUGGGCACAGCUGGCUGCCGGGGGCGCGACGGUGCUGGCGAGGAUGAGAGUUCUGCGGCUGCUCGGACUCCCUUUCCUGUGCGGCCUGCUCGGGACCUUCUGUGUCCUGGGUGCCAGGGCCGAGGAGCCUGGAGCCAGCAAUGCCCACCCCGGCAUGGCCCUGGACAAGCACACGGUGCAUGACCAAGAGCAUAUCAUGGAGCAUCUCGAAGGUGUCAUCAACAAGCCCGAGGCAGAGAUGUCCCCGCAGGAACUGCAGCUCCACUAUUUCAAAAUGCACGACUAUGACGGGAACAACCUGCUGGACGGGCUGGAGCUGUCCACGGCCAUCACGCACGUCCACAAGGAGGAAGGGAAUGCACAGGCGCCGCCAAUGAAUGAAGAGGAGCUCAUUAACUUAAUAGAUGGCGUUUUGAGGGAUGACGACAAGAACAACGAUGGCUACAUUGAUUACGCGGAAUUUGCAAAAUCACUGCAGUAGAGAUAUCUGUCAUCUUCUAGUUUCAGGCUAAUGUGACCCAUUAUAAUGUGAUUGAACAUUUUCAGUGACACAUUUCCAACGGCUGCUUCAUUGUUUUGGUGAAAAUCUGUAGCAGUUUGUUACACUGGGGUGAGACAGAAGAAAUCAAGAGAAAUGGAAGAGAAACAGGGCGUGUUGCACUCCCCAAGUCCUGUCAACUCUCUUAGUGGACAAGGGUUUGAUUUAAAAAUCCUUUUAAGAGUAUCGAUCAUUGGAGCAGAGUACUCUGGAACUGUUAGUUCCAGCAGAAUACUGCUAUCUUUUGAUUUUAUCUCGGCUCCGUGAAAAAUAAGACAAGCUUUGCCAAGUGGACACACGUCUCAGCUCAGUCCCUGUGAAUGAAUGGUGAAUGAAUGCCAAAGGUUUUCCCCAUGGGUCCCCUCCUUCAGGCUAAUGGUCAGUAUUCUGUAAAGUUCUCCCGGUCUAAGCGAGCCUCUGGACUAGUCAGCCAGUGUUUAUAAGACGGUUUCAGAGCCACAGCCUAAGAAGAAUGUCAAGUAUUGAGUUUGGCUCCCGGCAGAGUUGCUGGCUCUGUCUCCUGCCACCUUGGGAGUGACAUAACCACUGAUCCAAGUGAUGAAUCCUUUUCAGUUUUUUUUCACUGAAAAGUAGUUUUUAUAAAACUACUGCCACAUCCUGAUACUUUAUUUCUAUUAUGUCUUCUUCAAUCUGGGAGAUUUUUAAGAUGUAAAAGUGUUCUUUAUUCUAAAUCAAUGGGAAAUAUUUUAGCUUGCUUAAUAUUUCUAUUUAACUUUUGUCUUUGGGUGUCGUCUUUGCAGUUUAGAAACGAUUAGGAAAGUUAGGAGUUGCUCCCUCCUCUGCCCGAUUCAGUGGGGUUACAGCUGCUAGUAGGUGUAGGCUGAGAAAAAAAAGGGAAAAUAUUGUUCCUCUUGCCCAGUGAGGAUCCUGGGACAAGUCAUGUCUAGAGGGAAUGUUGUUUGAAUUACCUCUUUUAUCCUGAAUCCAGUUUUCCUGAUCAGGGAAGAUUAGAAAAAGUUUAAAACCUGGUUUUGUUUGGGGGCCACAUCCGGCGAUGCUCAGGGCUGACUCCUGGCCCUGCGCUCAGGGAUCACUCCUGGUGGUGCUCAAGGGACCAGAUGGGAUGCCGUGGUGGGCCCGGGUUGUCUGCGUGCAAGACAAGUGCCGUACCCACUGUACUCUGUCGGGCCCCAAGAAGUCUAAAAUCUUAGCAGCGUGAAUCUGGUAGUCAAGCAGCAGCUGUAGCUCUAUCGUGAUUGGCUUUGUGGGAUGUGAUGGGGAGACCUUUAGGUUAGAGAAAGCAGGAGGUCGGGCUGCAUGGGGAGUACCACAGCGGUGUGCUGGAGGCUGUAGAGACCUAUUUUCCUUACUAAAAUAUUCUUAUAAGAAAGCUUGGGUAUUUGUAAACAUAAUUUCUUGUGUCAAGUAUUUGUGCAAUCAGAGCUGAAUUAUAAACUAUUCUUGUAAUAUCUAAUUAUUUUGAAAGAUUUAUAUAAUGAUAUAUGACCAAUAAAAUUGAUGAACUAGUAUAAAGCA